AGUGUUCCAAAGCAGUGAUUUCUAUAGCAACAUGUUUCUACCUGUGAUCGUGUCGUUGGUGCUCAUCUCUAGUUCAAUCAACGGUGAGUGUGCUUUAGGAUUAAGGACUGCAACGUGCCAACAGGAUUCGCUGACAAGGUGUACUGAUCCUCUCAAAGUCCUGACCAACAAUCGAGACCUCGGCUUUGCUGCUUCCCAACAGGAACUCAACACGCUCUGCCCGAAACUCAUCGACGGUUUGAGGUGCAUCGAUAACUUCACUUCACGCUGCUUAGAUGCCCAACAUCGUGAGUUCUUCCACAUGCUGUACGCAGGUACCAAGCAGGUCAUCGUCGAUCUGUGCGAAGACGAAGAUUAUCAGAAAGAAUAUCUGAUGCACGCGCCGUGCAUGAGAGACGUCCAGUCGGGUUACGAACGUUGCGCCAUCGAAUACCAGAGUCACGUGCGGGAGCACAGCGGCAACAAUAACAACGCCAACGGCGCUAGCGCAACUCUUGGCGGCAGCAGCAUCGCUGACGACCCGGUUGAGAAUUCCAAAAAACUUUGCUGUUCGUUCCAGAAUUACAUGAAGUGCUCUCAGUCAGUUGUUGCCGGAAAAUGUGGAGCUCAAACUGCUUCAUUCACGCGAGGAUUUCUCGACACAAUGGCCGGUCCUUUGAUUCAGGGUUACUGUCUGAGUUACGAGCCUGGAACGGAGCAAGAGAUUGAAUGCGAACUACCGACGUCGAACGAUGCGUCGUUGACUUCGUCAUCGACCUACAAUAACUACGAGCCGUCCGAACAGGCCCUGGACCGCAGUGACGGAAUCGAGGAGGAACGCAACGUCGACGAGACGGAAUUUGUUUCUUCGCGUCAAAAUAAUCAACAACAACAACAACACGCCACUGCAUCGUCUUCGUCGUUGUUGUCGUCUCGAGGCGUCGUCUCCUCAUGGCCCCUUCUCACUUUGCUUUUACUCACGGCCGUCUCCUUCCUCCACUAUAUUUAGAGCAGCCCUACGUCAUCUGUUUAUUAUAUACGCUGUAUUUAAACGUAUUUAUAUCAAAAGAGAUGCGCCAGACAACAGCGACAUCUCGGUGUGUAUGACGAUUUAUUAUUUAAGUAGAGCACGUUUAAAAAUAAAAAAUACUAUGAUGAUGAUGGAUUGGUAUACCAUGGGGGAUGGAAUAUUGCAACACUCUUCUUAUAAACUUCCUUGAUUUUGUUCUGAAUAUUCAUGGACAAUGUUUGUGUGUACGUGGUAACCUAAAAUACAUGAGGAUAUAGCACAG